CCGGGACGGUUCCGCCCUCCGCGGGCGCCAGCCUGCGUCCCGUCGGGCUGCGCGCGAGGUCAGCGCGCGGUCAGCGGAGGUCGGCGGGAUCAGGAGCGCGGCGGCUCCGUGGCCCGGACGGGCGCGAGGGCAGGAUGUACACGCUGCUGUCGGGCCUGUACAAGUACAUGUUCCAGAAGGACGAGUACUGCAUCCUGAUCCUGGGCCUGGACAAUGCCGGCAAGACGACGUUCUUGGAACAGUCGAAAACCCGUUUUAACAAGAACUACAAGGGGAUGAGUCUGUCCAAAAUCACGACCACCGUGGGUCUGAACAUCGGCACUGUGGACGUGGCAAAGGCGCGCCUCAUGUUUUGGGACUUAGGGGGCCAGGAAGAGCUGCAGUCUCUGUGGGACAAGUACUAUGCGGAGUGUCACGGUGUCAUCUAUGUCAUCGAUUCCACGGAUGAGGAGAGGCUGUCUGAGUCCAAGCGAGCGUUUGAGAAGAUGGUCACAAGUGAGGCACUGGACGGCGUCCCUAUACUGGUGCUGGCCAACAAGCAGGACGUUGAGACUUGCCUCUCUAUCCCCGACAUCAAGACUGCGUUCAGCGACUGCAGCUCCAAGAUCGGCAGGCGCGACUGCCUGACCCAGGCCUGCUCGGCUCUCACAGGCAAAGGGGUGCGUGAGGGCAUCGAGUGGAUGGUGAAGUGCGUCGUGCGGAAUGUGCACCGGCCGCCGCGGCAGAGGGACAUCACGUAGGUGUGGCUGUUGGCCACCGGUGCCCACGACUCCUCCCUGAGUGCCCGCAGAGCGCUCCUGCGGGCUCCCCGCCGCCCGUCUUGGGGGUCGGGUUUGCUUUGCUUUCAGUUCUUCAUUUGCUUUGUUUUCUCUUUAAGACAAACUUUUCCCUGUG